AUAACACUUCCUCAUCUUAGAAAUCCAAAAACAAAAUAAAAAGAGGAAGAUGUCUCUCUCCAAUCUCACUACCACAAAGCCGCCAUUCUCCGCCGUCGCCUCCUCCACAUCCAAACACCAAAUCUUUCCGUUCCGCCUCAGCACCACCACCACAACAUCAAUAACAAAACCAAAACCAACCUUCAUUGCCUCCGUCUCCACAUCGUCUAACAACAAAGUGUCUCCAUCCUGGUCAAUAGACAGCUGGACGACAAAGCCAGCCAAACAAUUACCAGACUACCCAGACCAGCAAGAGCUCGAAUCCGUCUUACAAACCCUCAGUAAUUUCCCUCCAAUCGUGUUCGCAGGCGAAGCAAGAAAGCUCGAAGAACGAUUAGCAAGCGCAGCUGUUGGGAAUGCUUUCUUGCUUCAAGGUGGAGAUUGUGCUGAAAGUUUUAAAGAGUUCAAUGCUAAUAAUAUUAGAGAUACGUUCAGGGUUUUGCUCCAAAUGGGCGUUGUUCUCACUUUUGGUGCCCAAAUGCCCAUCAUUAAGGUUGGAAGGAUGGCUGGCCAAUUUGCGAAACCUAGGUCGGAUUCAUUUGAGACUAAAGAUGGUGUGAAGCUCCCAAGUUAUCGGGGAGAUAAUAUUAAUGCUGAUGCUUUUGAUGAGAAAUCAAGAAGGCCUGAUCCUCAAAGGUUGAUCAGAGCUUACUUGCAAUCUGUUGGGACUUUGAAUCUCUUGAGGGCUUUUGCCACUGGUGGAUAUGCUGCCAUGCAAAGAGUUUCACAGUGGAAUCUUGACUUUGUACUCCAUAGUGAGCAAGGGGACAGGUACAUGGAACUUGGACGGAGAGUAGACGAGGCUCUAGGGUUCAUGGCUGCUGCUGGCCUCACUGUUGAUCAUCCUGUGAUGAACACAACUGAGUUUUGGACGUCUCACGAAUGUCUUCAUUUGCCGUAUGAGCAAUCUUUAACCAGAGAGGAUUCGACAUCUGGUCUCUAUUAUGAUUGUUCUGCUCACAUGCUUUGGGUUGGAGAGAGAACUCGGCAGUUGGAUGGAGCGCAUGUAGAAUUCCUCAGAGGUGUUUCAAACCCUCUUGGUAUCAAGGUGAGUGAUAAGAUGGAUCCAAAGGAGCUUGUGAAGUUGUGUGAAAUCCUUAACCCUCACAACAAACCUGGAAGGCUGACGAUUAUUGCCAGAAUGGGGGCAGACAACUUGCGGAUAAAACUCCCUCAUCUGAUUAGAGCAAUAAGGCAGGCUGGGCUUAUAGUCACUUGGGUCAGCGACCCCAUGCAUGGCAAUACAAUUAAAGCUCCAUGCGGUCUCAAAACACGACCAUUUGAUUCAAUUAGGGCUGAGCUGAGGGCAUUCUUUGAUGUUCAUGAACAAGAAGGUAGCUACCCAGGAGGAGUUCACCUUGAGAUGACAGGACAGAAUGUGACAGAGUGUGUUGGAGGGUCAAAGGCGGUGACUUUCGACGACUUAAAUUCCCGCUAUCACACCCACUGUGACCCUAGGCUAAAUGCAUCCCAGUCUCUAGAGCUGGCAUUUGCUAUUGCGGAGAGGUUGAGGAGGAAAAGGUUGAGGUCCGGUGAUGGCAUCCUUAGUGGGCACAACGUAUCUAUGUGAUAAGAUGUUCUGAGUUUUUCUUUUUGGUGUUUAUGUUGUAAACAAAGUUUUGUUUCAGCCUGGCAGGAUCAUGGCAUUUUUACUAUACUUCUCUGUUUCCCCUGCACAGGCAUAGCACACCUUAAAUUAUGAACAUGUAUGUGUUUUGAGUAAGCUUGUAGACUGGAAGUAAAAACUUAAAUGUCCUUUUCUUUGGUUUCUCUAUGAAUUAUGAAACCAGUGAGCUUUUGUUUUGGUUGGGAAA